CCCACCCACCGCCGUUCCACCGAUCCCCAUGUCCGACGACCAGCGGCAAUGCUGGAGGGGCAUCACGCCCGACGUCGAGCUCGGCGCGGCCCUGGCGCUGGCCGACAUGGCCGGCAGCAGCGUCGGGCUCGGGCCCGCCGCCGAGCGCGCGCAGGCCAAGGCCAAGGCGCGGCGGCCGGCCGCUGUGCCCUCGGGCGCCGCCGCCGAGGAGGCCAUGACCGACGACGAGGAGAUGGCGAGCACCAGGCUGAGCCUGCAGCUGGGCGGGGUCGGGAUCCAGUCGUCCUCCUGCUCCAGCGGCGGCUCCAACGCCGGGCGCCCAUCAUCGCGGCAGCCGGCACCGGCGCACGCCGCCGCGCCGGCUACUCACGGCCCCAGGCCACGGCACAUGCUCACCGAGGCAGAGAAGGAGGCGAAGCGGCUGCGGCGGGUGCUCGCCAACCGGGAGUCGGCGAGGCAAACCAUCCUUCGCCGGCAGGCGAUUCGAGAUGAGCUUGCGCGAAAAGUUGCAGACCUGUCGUCAGAGAACGAGACCAUAAAAAAGGAGAAGGACCUGGUGAUGAAGGAGUAUCUGUCACUGAAAGAGACGAACAAGCAGCUGAAAGCUCAGGCACACGACCUCUCGCUUUCCCUAUUCUAAGACCUCUCGCUUUCCCUAUUCUAAGCAAGGGAUUUUCUUAUUCUCGUUCUUCUAUUCUACUAGCAUGCAUCGUUACGUAGGCCAAAGCAAAGAAAAACAAGCAGGGGCCUAGCAUGUUCCGAAGAAGAAAUUAAUUAGAGGCGGGAACUAUCCAGUUGUUCGAUUCCAAGCUAGCCACAUGACCCACCUUUGCUGGGUCGUCAGCGCCGUACACCUAGCCGAGUUGGGAACUAUUUCGGCUGAGCCUUGCUCUGACAUCUGUAUGGAUAGCCAUGGCUGUUUUCUAUAAAUAUACAUACUCCAUCCUCAUCUUUGUCCAGCUGCAAGCACUACGUUUCCGAUGCACUGAAAGCGGUGACGUAGUAUUAUGUGUGGUUGCUUGUGACGUGGCAAAUACUUAUUGUAUAUACUCUCAACACAAGACGAUGAUGGUAUGAUUGUUGUUACGGUCUAUCUCCAUAUCAAUAGAUUG